GAUGGCUCCGGAAACACCCACUCGCCGUCUCCACGACUGAGGAGACGUGUAGGGGCCGGGUUUGGCCCUCGUGAACUCUCACCUCACUGAACGGGUUUCUCUUUCCGGGACAACAUGGCGCCGUCCACGCCGCUCUUGACAGUCCGAGGAUCUGAAGGACUGUACAUGGUAAAUGGACCACCACAUUUUACUGAAAGCACAGUGUUUCCAAGGGAAUCUGGGAAAAAUUGCAAAGUCUAUACCUUCAGUAAGGAUGGAACCUUGUUUGCCUGGGGCAACGGAGAAAAAGUAAAUAUUAUCAAUGUCACUAACAAGGGACUACUGCACUCCUUCGACCUCCCAAAGACAGUUUGCCUUGAAUUCUCGCCAAAAAACACUGUCCUGGCAACGUGGCAGCCUUACACUACAUCUAAAGAUGGCACAGCUGGGAUACCCAACCUGCAACUUUAUGAUGUAAAAACUGGAGCAUGUUUGAAAUCUUUCAUCCAGAAAAAAAUGCAAAAUUGGUGUCCAUCCUGGUCAGAAGAUGAAAUGCUUUGUGCCCGAAAUGUUAACAAUGAAGUUCACUUCUUUGAAAACAACAAUUUUAGCGCUAUUGCAAAUAAAUUGCAUUUGCAAAAAAUUAAUGAUUUUGUAUUAUCACCUGGACCUCAGCCAUACAAGGUGGCCGUCUAUGUUCCAGGAAGUAAAGGUGCACCUUCGUUUGUCAGGUUAUAUCAGUACCCCAACUUUGGUGGACCUCAUGCAGCUUUAGCCAAUAAAAGUUUCUUUAAGGCUGAUAAGGUUACAAUGCUGUGGAACAAAAAAGCUACUGCUGUGUUGGUAAUAGCUAGUACGGAUGUUGACAAGACAGGAGCUUCCUACUAUGGAGAACAAACUCUGCACUACAUUGCAACAAAUGGAGAAAGUGCCGUAGUGCAAUUACCCAAAAAUGGUCCCAUUUAUGAUGUAGUUUGGAAUUCUAGUUCUACUGAGUUUUGUGCUGUUUAUGGUUUUAUGCCUGCCAAAGCAACCAUUUUCAACUUGAAAUGUGAUCCUGUAUUUGACUUUGGAACUGGCCCUCGUAAUGCAGCCUACUAUAGCCCUCAUGGACAUAUACUGGUGUUAGCUGGAUUUGGAAAUCUGAGGGGACAGAUGGAAGUGUGGGAUGUUAAAAACUACAAACUUAUUUCUAAACCAGUGGCUUCUGAUUCCACAUAUUUUGCUUGGUGCCCAGAUGGUGAGCAUAUUUUAACAGCCACGUGUGCUCCAAGGUUACGUGUUAAUAAUGGGUACAAAAUUUGGCAUUAUACUGGUUCUAUCUUGCACAAAUUUGAUGUGCCAUCAAAUGCAGAAUUAUGGCAGGUUUCUUGGCAGCCAUUUUUAGAUGGAAUAUUUCCAGCAAAAGCAAUAACUUACCAAGCAGUUCCAAGUGAAGUACCCAGUAAGGAGCCUAAAGUUGCAACAGCAUAUAGACCUCCAGCUUUAAGAAAUAAACCAGUCACCAAUUCCAAACUGCAUGAAGAGGAACCACCUCAGAAUAUGAAGCCUCACCCAGGAAAUGAUAAGCCUUUAUCAAAAACAGCCCUCAAAAAUCAAAGGAAGCAUGAAGCUAAGAAAGCUGCAAAGCAGGAAGCAAAAAGUGACAAGGGUCCAGAUUUGGUGCCUACUCCUGCUCCGCAGAGCAUACCACAAAACACUAUCCCUCAGUCAGUUUCUGGAGACCCUGAAAUAGACAAAAAAAUCAAGAAUCUAAAGAAGAAACUGAAAGCAAUCGAGCAACUGAAAGAACAAGCAGCAACUGGAAAACAGUUAGAAAAAAAUCAGUUGGAGAAAAUUCAAAAAGAGACAGCCCUUCUCCAGGAGCUGGAAGAUUUGGAAUUGGGUCUUUAGAGAUUCACAGAAAGCAAACAUGUGGGAGAAUUACACUUCCCCAUCCCUUUGAAAUUAGGCAUGGCUAAGUGACUUGCUUCAGUUAAUGACAUGUUAGGGAGAAGGGAGGUUUCUCAUUUCUGAGCAGAAACACUAAUGAGCUGGUACUUCAUGCCUCCUCCCCUGCUGUGGUUGACCCUGAGGGCUGGGGUUGAAAUGGCAGUGUCAUAGAGGGUGGGUCUUGAGUGACUACAGUAAGUAACCCCUCUGACUCAUUUUGGGCUUUUAAUGUGAAUGAGAGAUAUACUUUUGUUUUUUAAGCCACUGAGAUUUAAGAAAUGUAUUUUUAUUCCCAAGAUACUUUAGCCCAAGUGAUUCUCAGGUCUUGUUGCACAUUAUAAUCACUUAGGAAGCUUUUAUGAUUCCUGAUACCCAAAUCCCCCUUCAUACCAGUUAAAUAAGAAUAUCUUAUGGUAAUCAGGCAUUAGUAUUUUUCAAAGGUUUUCCAGGUGGUUCCUAUGUGAUAGCAAAGUUUGGGAACUAUAAACCUAGCCUUUGCAGCAGUCCCUAACCUUUUUGGCAUCAGGGACUGGUUUCACAGAAGACAAUUUUUCCACAAACCAGGGG